AUGAACAAACCUCAGUCAAUUGUCAAGCUGACACUUCAGGCACGCGAUCUAAAAGUCGAAGACCCUAAUUCUAAUGGUAACACAUGCUGUAAAAUAUUCACCAAAACAGUAAAUGCAGAAAAAUGAGAAGAAGCUGGUGAUACUGAAUUAGUGACUUCUAGUCUGAACCCAAAUUAUAAAAAAGAAUUCAAAAUUCAGGUCACUUAUAAAAAAUAGGAUCUUUAAAUUAUUAAAUUUUUUUUAUUAAAAAAUGGAUUUUUUAAUGGUAUUUUGACAAAAAAAUCAAAAUUGAUUAAAAUAAUUAUUUAUGAUAAUUAAAUUAAAUGCUCACAUUUUAAUAGCAGGACUGUAUCCGUUUAAUAUUAAAUGAGAUUAAUGACUACCUUCGUAGCAAUAUUUGCUUUGUCUUAAUAGUAUACGAGUUCUUUGCAAACGAUUUACAGAAGAUUGGCAAAGUAGUUUUCAGUUUAUCUGACCUGUCAAUAAAUGGCCCAACCACAUUUAACAUCAAAAAAUAUGACGAAGUUUCAGGCCAUAUUAUCGUUACCAGUCAAAUUCACCAUCUCGACGAACAACUCCGGGUGCAAAUUCGAGGUAAAAAUCUUGUCAACAAAGAUCCCUUCAAUUUCCGCUCUCCUUAUUUCAAGCUAUUUCGGUUAAGAAAAGGUCAAGAUAGUUUCCAAUUUUAUAAAAGUGAAGUAAUCGAAGAAAGCCUGAACCCCCUUUGGAGCCAAUCAUAUUUUAAUUUAUUUAAUUUUAUCUAAAUAAUAAUAAUUUACUAUAUAAUUCUCCUAGUUUCAUAUAAAUAUAAUAGAGAAUAUACGAUGUCUGUGGAGACAAUAUGAGAAUACCAAUAAAAAUCGAAGUUUGGGACUCAAAUCCUCUGCUUAAAGACGUUCUAAUGGGAGAAGGGUAUACGUCGGUUGAUCAAAUUCUUGAUAAAAAAUCAAUCGUCCUGAGGAAAAAUAAAAAAUUCAAAGGGGUAAUUGAAAUAGUGGAAGCUGAGAUAAUAGACCACAGAAUGCGGGCUUCUUUUUAA